AUGAACGAGCCGUACGGCGGCCUUGGCGGCAAGAUAGGCUACAUCUUUGGCGGCAUGGGCACUAUCUCGUUGUUCUACGCCAUCUUCUUCGUGCCCGAGCUUGAUGGGGUCGACGAGCUGUUUGAACACUUCGACUGGGGAUGGCAGUACAACCGCAUCGAGACUUGCGGCUAUGAGCCUGACGCCGAUGACAAAGGCGUUGUCCUGCAGGUCGAAGGCGCGUUGUGUUGGCUGGUGUGGAGAGCAAGCUCGGUUGCCCGUUAG